AUGGGAUCUGGUGCCAGUCGGAGGGAACAAGAAAGAUCUAUAUCUAAAAAUUCACAACGAACAGCAGCUUCAUCAAAUAGUGACCGUGAAGGUGAACCGGACUCACCAAAUUUAGAUGCAUUAGAUGAUUCAGAAGAAGAACAACUCAAACGAAAUGAAGUACGUUCAAAUACAACUCCCGAUCCAUCACGUGGUGUUACAAGCACAACAAAUGCUAAUCGCAAAAGAUCAUCGCUUAUUAGUGACCAAUCACGAACGAGUCAUAAUUCACCAUCGUCAGUUCAAAAUAACCCCACAGCAAUGCAAACUAAAACAGCACAUGGUGGGCAAAUGAAUGCUUCAUCCAACAAUCAACAACCAUUAUGGAUAAUACAUGGUGCUCAUACAGAUGAUGCCCAUAUCAAUAUGGAUGAGUACGAUGAAGAAAGUAUGCAGGAAAAGAUUAAUUCAAAACAUGGCCGUCUUCCAGGUCAUUAUUAUUAUUCUGAUGAUGAUGCACCAUCAAAUGACUAUCCUAAACAAAUUUCCCUUUCUAAAUAUGGAUCAGUUAUUUCACCAACACAUACACCUUACCCAAAUUAUGAUCUAUUACAACGUCAUGCGUAUCGUCUAAAUAAACCUUUUACAGCAACAUUAUACAGUGGCUAA